AUGGUUACCUUUAUUACGAUCUUACAGGUGAAUCUAGUUAUGUCCAUCCUGCUUUAUGUGAUGGUCCUUGUGUACCUCUAUGGUAUCCAAGCAACCAACAUGAACAGCAGCAGCCACCAGGGCCAGCAUCAGCCGAGUCCCGACCCCUUAAACUCGCUCAUAAUCCAGCUGCUCCAGGCCGACCUGACCAGAGGGAAGACCAGGGCCAAUCAGAGCCAGCAGGGGAAGGACAGGGACGCGCUUCCGCCCGUCCUUAGCGCGGAACUUCCCCUAGAGGAGCAUUGGGGCGGACAAGGCGAUAGCGCGAUAGACCAGCAAGGGAUGCUGUUGAACUCGGACCUCCUCAGGAAGCACAAGCGAUACAACUCGCCCCGGGUGCUGCUGAGCGAGCGCCCCCCGCUGCAGCCGCCGCCGCUCUACCUGGCGGACGACUUCGUGAGCGGCGGGCCGGACGGGGCGGGGGGCAACAAGACGCGCAAGAAGCGGUACGCCGAGCACAGGAGCUACCGCGGGGAGUACUCGGUGUGCGACAGCGAGAGCCAGUGGGUGACCAACAAGACCCAGGCAGUGGACACCAAGGGGGACCCCGUGACCGUGCUGGCCAAGAUCAAAACCAGCGCCACGCAGGACAUCAAGCAGUACUUUUACGAGACGCGCUGUCGGACUCCCAAGCCUUUCAAGGGGGGCUGCAGGGGCAUCGACGAGAAGAACUGGAACUCGCAGUGCAAGACGACGCAGACGUACGUCCGAGCGCUGACGCAGGUGCGCAACUCGGUGGGCUGGAGGUGGAUACGCAUCGACACCUCCUGCGUCUGCGCGUUGUCGCGGAAACGUCGUCGGACGUAA